AAGUUCAACAUCCCUGCCACCACGGAAACCACACUCCCAGAACACUUGCCCAUACCAAGACAUCAAGGUUUGUCCUGCACUGGCCACACCAGACUACACCAAGCCAUUUCAUCUUGAUGUUGCAGAGAUGGGUGGUGUUGUGAAUGCAGUAUUAUUCCAAAGGCGUUCAACAGACCGAUGUGUCCUCAUUUACCAUUCCUCCAAACUCGACACGGUCGAGACAGGACAAAGUUCGUGUGCCCGAUACGUUGCAGCUGUAGCGAAAGCCAUUGUCAAAACCAGCCAUGUCGUCAUGGGACAUCCAACUCAGAUUCACACCCAGCAUGGAGUUGCCGCUUUCCUCCAGAGCAAAGAGUUCACCUUCAGUGCAGCCCGGAAGACCAAACUUCAGGUCCAGUGCACUCAGUCACACAUAACCUUUGUUCCAAGCAUCAACAACAUGGCGACCAACAUUACAAGUGGAACACCCCAUGUGUGUGGAGAACUUGCGAUCAAGGAAAACAAGCUCAGACCAGACCUGAGUGCAGAUCCCAUUCUGAAUGCUGAUGCCUAGCUGUACACGGACAGUUGCUGCUACAAAGGAGAAGAUGGCAAUGUGGCCGCCUAUGCUGUAGUGCAGCAACACCCAGAUGGAAGUCACACCACCUUGGAAGCUGCAAUCAUUCCUCAGCCAGCUUCAGCUCAGUUAGCUGAAGUCACAGCCCUCACAAGAGCCCUAGAGCUGGGGCAAGGACAAAUUGUAAAUGUCUACACUGACUCUGCAUACGCACAUGGUGCCGUUCAGCUUGAUGGCCCGUCCUGGAUGAGACGAGGCUUCCUGACCACCGGUGAUCAACCGAUCAGACAUCAAGUUCCAAUGAGACGCCUCCUGAAUGCAGUUCUGUUGCCCAGACGCCUGGCUGUCAUGAAGUGCAAAGGACACGACACCAACCAAACCAGAAUCAGUGCUGGAAAUAAUGCAGCUGACCAAGCUGCCAAGGAGGCAGGAGGUUACACGCCGCCUCAGAUGGUCAUGGCAUCCCCCAGCCCAGCUCAGUUCACGGAACUCACUGAAGACACGCUCAUCCAAAUUCAGGAAAAAGCUGGACCGUAUGAAUGGUCCACAUGGAGACAAAAGGGCGCCUUGAAGUCUAAAGAAGGCCUCUGGAGGUCCCAUGAUGGACGCAUAGUUGCCUCGGCAGAACUUUGUGCCAUGUUGCUCAAAGAAGCACAUGGCCUCACCCAUGAAGGAAAACUCAGAACCUUCCAGAGAAUUUCAGCCCUAUGGUGGCAUCCAAAUCUCGAGAGCAUCUCCAAUUUAUUUUGUGACGAAUGUUCCAUUUGUGGGAACCCCAAUCCUAGAAGACCUUUCCAAACGACCAUAGGUUCAUAUCCCGUUCCUGCCGCCUGUUUCCAAGACAUCAGUAUAGACUAUACAGACAUGGGUGCAGACGGGAGAGUGCAGGGAAUGAGAUACAUGUUGGUAAUGGUAUGUAGGUUUUCUAGAUGGGUUGAAGCCAUCCCCCCCAGACGGGAGGAUGCAAAGUCAGUGAUCAAGUGGCUGCAGAAGGACUUGAUUCCCCGUUACGGGGUUCCACGGUUCAUCCGCUCAGACAAUGGCACACACUUUAACAACACACACCUAAGAGAGGUAGAGGCUGCCUUGGGCAUUCACCACAAGUUUGGCUCAGUGUAUCAUCCACAGUCACAAGGCCUUGUAGAAAGAGCCAAUCAAACGUUGAAAGCCAAAAUUGCGAAGGUUUGUGCAGACACUAAAAUGACAUGGGUUGAAGCCCUGCCAUUGGUGUUGAUGACAAUGAGGUCGUCCCCAGGCGGUAAGACACACCUGUCGCCACAUGAACUGUUGACAGGCAGAGUUAUGCCUGGUCCACCCAGGGAUGGAGGUCACGUGCCACCCCUGGAUGUACAUUGAAAUGUCAAGUUAUAUGAAGGUUUUAACUGCUGUUACUGUAGCUCUCUCCAAUCAGGUCUCCAGGGCCCUGGCGACUGAUCCGGAGGAAGCUGCAGGACCAAAGGUAAAAGUCGGUGACUGGGUAAGAGUUAAGGUUCACAAAAGAAAGUGGCCAGAACCCAGGUGGACUGGACCGUACGAGGUGAAGGAAAUUACUUCACACUCGGCCCAGGUCAAAGGUAAAUCAGGCGCACCUUGGCACCACCUGACACAUUGUACCCCAGCACCUUCAACUUCCCACCCAUUGGCUGAAAUAAGAACUAAUUUGAAAAAUGGAGAGGGUAUAAGUUGUGCCUGUGUUACUCCUGGACUGCCAUGGAGUCCUGUGCUUCUUCUGGUCGUAAAAUUACUCCCAAGAUUAAGACGUGCACAGCACAGGAUGAAAAGGGGGAGGGCCAGAAGCCUUACAGCUUACCACUGGCGUUAAACAUCACAAAGAGACGUGGUUGUAUGAUUGUAUGUCUGUUUGUUUUUAUUUGCUUCAUUCAGAAGUAAAGAAUUCCCAAAGAAAUUGUUAAAAUUACACUGUUUGGUAGCAAUUUGUUGUUUCAGAUUUUUCAAAUAUAUCCAAUCCAUUAGAGGAAAGGAGAAACGGUUUAGGCCUCCAAAUUUCUACAUAAAAUCAGAUCAUUUAAUAUCUUAUUUUAUUUUAACCUGACACAGCAGGGCUAAUAGUAAAGACCAUUUUAAUACUCCACAAGUUACUAAUUGGAUUCGUAAUAUAAAUUCAAGGAUGAGUGAUUCACUACAUCACAUUAAGGUGUCCUUUUAAAGCCCAUCUCUAAGUACAGUUUAUGUGCAAAGUUUUUCCUUCUCUUUCUCUGUUUGUAUUAUAUUUAAGCCACUUACACCCAUACAAAAGUUUCAUCCGCGACUGUGGCCUUGUGAGAAUGAGAUAACAAUGUUUUUUGUUUUUAGUCUGGUGAAGUUGCUGCUCCGAUG